AUGUCUUUGAGAAGCAGGAAGAGGAGACAGGUUUGGGACAUUCCCGAACUGGCGGUAACCUCGGCCACUUUCCGAGAGCUUCACGUCAAACUCCCAACGGAAAGGUACAGAGAGCAGGCAGCACAUGCAGCGAGCACGACGAACCUGAAGCCAAGCGACCAGUGGCUCGACAAGCACCGCGGAGGGUUUUUGCUGAUCCAGAACCUGCACCCCAAAGCUCCUCCGGGCAAAUGCAUCCUGGUCGAGAGCAUCGACACAAGAGAGCGGUUCGUGAACAAACGCCUCCAGCGGUAUGCUCCAGACUGGAAUCAGAAGACACAAGGCACAGAACUUGAACACACGCCAUACAAGAUCGCCUUCGACACCUGGGCACCCCCCGAUUUACGCUUCGCUCGCCUAUCGGAUCCGCACGUUGAAGUCCAGCUCCCAAAUGAACCCUACUUCCCCAAGCUGUACGGUUACGGCUUCCCCAGCGGGCACCAAGCCUUCGAUUCAGAGGGUAAACCCGACAUCUUUUCGCUAUACUUCAAGCGGUUCAAUGGUGGUACUCUAGAGAACCUCAUGCUGCAAUAUGCUCACCCGGAGAUUGGCGCGCCGAUCCCCGAGCCGUUUGUCUGGCAUGUCAUGAAACAGCUGUCGCGGGCUGUCAUCUGGCUCCAGACGGACUUGAUCCGUCAGGAUCUUGACCAAGGUAUGAAGAAUCCUAAGCCUGGCCAUAAGAUCCUUCUGCACAGGAGGUUGCGUGAAAGAGAUGUAUUUUUACAUUUCCCCGAGGACGGAGAGGAUACGGAUCCCCUGGACUGCUGCUUUCAUCGUAUAAUUCUUGGAGAGUUUGAUCAAGCCGUCGUCCUCGAGGACCCCCCGGAUAUCCAUUCCCACAUCCCUAGAGCUGCGGGAGAAACUGGAGCUUGGGAGGACAUGCACUCAUUGGGAAGGCUGCUUCGUCGCCUCGUUACAGUCCACGACUGCACCUGGGAGAACAAUGGCAACUUCGACUACGAUGUUGAUGAGGAUUGCGAGAUGAGGAGGUUCCUAUCUGAUAAUAUCACUUUCUACGAGGGUCAGGAGCAAGUGUACUCGGACGACCUCAUCAGACUGCUCUCAAAUUUCGAGCAAAAGGUCACGGGGGCGAUCCCGACUGUUGCCUUUCUCAUCAAUGAGCUGUUACCUAGGGCUCACGAGAAGCUCAGGGAAUUCCGGGCAAUGGGCAUUGACGUACUGACUCACGACGAAAGUGACGGGUGGAUGGGAGAUGUUUCGUGGGCUGCAGCCGACCCCAACUUUGAGACGACACCCUAUGCA